AUGGUGCGCGGAGCUCUGCGGAUCUCCGAAUGCCCUAGCGGCAUCAACAUGUCGUAAUGGCCGCGACCAGCUUAUCACAGUUUCGGUAGUAGACGUGGUUGACAAAAUAUGACUUAUCUGAAGUUCCUUCGGACAAGUUCGCUACGUUCCCAGGUUAUUCGUGGAAUUGGUUCGGCCGAUCAUCGAAGCAGUAUAGACGAAUCUGUGUUUUCUGCUGCUAAUAGACAAAGUUGCAUGAACUACUUGCAGGAGUACGCUACAGAGUACAGCAAACCAUUUCGUUCACUGAAAACGAACAGAAAUGCAGCGGUAUUGUUGCCGUUCUGCUUCGCCGACGGCGGCAAGCCUUCGGUGCUUCUGACAGUGAGAUCUAACAACGUAUUCCGGUAUCGAGGUCUGAUAUGUUUCCCUGGCGGGAUCACUGACCCGGAAGACAGAGAUGCGACCCAUACUGCCUUGAGGGAGACGCACGAAGAGCUUGGUAUCGCGGACGGCGAUAUCGAAGUGUGGGGACCACUUCACCCGUUUCCGUCACUAGGAACGCGGAUAUUAGUGACACCUGUCAUUGGCGUGGUGAGAACCCGGUCGUCUGAUAUUUUAAAGGACUUGAGCAUCAACACGGAUGAAGUGGAACGCGCGUUCCUCUUGUCGCUGGAAUCUCUGUGUGACUCCAAAACUUGGAGGUACACGAUGUAUAGUGAGGUCAAGGGUUACCGGUCUCCAGUUUUUGUUGUGGAUGGACUAAAAGUUUGGGGUCUGACCGGCAGGUUGUUACAUCUAGCGCUUAAAGGACUUUUAGCGGGACACUACAAGCGGGACUACUCAUUCAAUGUGUUCAAAGCGUCGUAACGGCGAAUAUUCCGGUUCGAGUUCAUUGAGUUAUUAUGUGAGCAAAUUAUAGAACACACAAAAUAGUUUGUAAAAUAGUUAUUUAAAUGUAUAAAAUAUAUACUUCUGCAUAGCGCAAUAAAGUGUCUGACUUGUUUACUGUCA